GGGAGUCACCAUCUCCCAUAACUUGCAAAUAUCACUAAGGCGCGUUUAGUAAUAAACAACAAUUUUACAUUAAUUGUUAGUAGUGGAUUGAUUCAAGCCUUUCCCAUCACACCACAAUCCCUACACCCCCGGGGUAGUGCUUAGGCGCUGAAUAGACCAUUUCUGUGACAUCUGAUUGAAGUUUCCACGAUUUCUCCUCUCGUCGGCUGAAAAAGUGGUUGUGAAAGCCAUCGCAUGACUAGUAUGAUCAAGUAUGAUGACGUUUUACGGAGUCAGUGGAUGCGUGCGGACGAUUUGAUGACAGUUGCAACAAUCAAUCGAAUGUAAACAACUGUUUGUUGAAGUGCUUUUGAACAUGCGGGAGUUGUAGCAGUUUGUCGUGAGUGACUUGUCCUGGGUUCAUUCGAUUUUUGAGUGUGACAAUGUUCGUGAGGGAUCCCUGUGGAAUUGUUUGUAUUAUUGUGACGUAUGUCGCGGUUUUUUAUGCUGAUUAUGUUGUUAUCAGGUGGAUUAUUCUUCAUACUAUGCAGGAUAGCUUAUGGGGCCCCUUUCAUGUCGUAUCCUUCAACACUGUCGUCCUCUUCCUAAUGAUGGCACACAUGAAAGCGAUUUGCAGUGAUCCCGGUGUGGUGCCCCUACCUCAAACGCGAAUGGAUUUUUCGGAUAUUCAUACAGGUGGUUCUGGGGCGAGUGAUGACUGCGAGGAGAGAGAUGACUGGAGCGUCUGCACUAGGUGCGAGACGUACAGGCCGCCUAGGGCCCAUCAUUGCAGGAUUUGUGAGAGGUGCAUUAGGAGGAUGGAUCAUCAUUGUCCAUGGAUAAAUAAUUGCGUUGGGGAGCGGAAUCAAAAGUAUUUUAUUCAAUUCUUGGUAUACGUUGGAGUUCUUGCGAUCUACGCAAUAUCCUUAGUAAUUGUUUCGUGGAUUGUCGAUUGUCCAGAGUGCAGUACCGACGUUGCUAUUAAACAGAAUCGAAUCCUUCACUGUGUGAUACUGGUCCUAGAAUCAGCCCUCUUCGGCAUGUUCGUAGUGGCAAUUCUGAUCGAUCAAUUCCAAGCAAUACUCGGUGAUGAGACGCCGAUAGAACGUCUCCAAGGGACUCACCACCACUACCACCAAAAAUCACGUCGGGCAAUAACUCUUCUGGCUCAAGUCUGUGGCAAAAGUCAUCCAGUCUUCUGGCUGCUCCCCUGUCACAACCCCCCACGCUACUCAUUCCGUCGUGACGAGCGUCUAAUAGAUCACGACGUCUGAAAAUCUGAACAAUGAGAGGAGCAAAAGGUAGAAUGGACCUCCCUGAAUCCUCAGUAUCUCUGGCCAAACGGUACGAUUUGAGCGAGACAGGUUUCAUUUUGAAGCCUAAGAAAAUAACUUGAAAAUAAAAAAAAAAAUCGUUCGAUUUCACUCUGCCGAUCUCGAGAUAUCGGCGAUUAAAGAUGGCCCUGUUUUCCCCCACCUCCAAUGGAACUAAACUUAAGAGAAAAGUAUUUUCAUUACUUACGAUUAUAAACGAAAACGAUUGAAUUAAGAAUUCUUCCGUCAAUUGUAAGUCUUGAGAUUUUUGAUCCAUUUGAAUUUACAUAUCUCUCGAAUUGGCCUUUAGCUCUUUCGGCUCUCAAUCACACCAAUUUUCAUAAGAAUUCAUUAAGUAUGAGAAAUUUAUGCAGACUUGUUAUGUUGAUUGAUUUCCUGGAGAAUCCCGACAUUUUCUGUAGAAAUGUUAUAGAAAUCCUAUUGCAGAUUCUAGUAUUUUUGACGAUUUCUAUUGAGAUUUUCGCCCCAUUUUUUGACGGAUAUUUGAUGGAAAAUUUUUACAG